GGAAACUGGUAUGGUCAAGAUGCAAGAACCGACGACGACAUUAAACCUCGAUACGGCUGCUGGACUGGUAACGGUUGUCGCUGAUUGUGAAGCCGGCAAAUGCAAAGCGGUCUCGUUCGAUAAUGUUCCAGCUUUUGUCUAUGAGCUGGAUCUGGAAGUCGAUGUCCCUGGCCUGGGAAAAGUAUUAUGCGAUAUCGCGUGGGGUGGGAUGAUGUAUGCCAUGGUUGAUGUAUCUGCUACUGGAUUGACGCUGGAUGGACGCCAUGGCAAGGAGCUGGUCUAUUAUGGUGAGCUGAUUAAGCGAGCUGUCCAGGCCAAGUUUGAUCCUGUGCACCCGGACAAUCCGGGAAUACAUGGGGUAUCAAACUUCAUAUUGACCGAGCCUUUAGAGGACGAUGGAGCCUCCGGUAAGAGGGCAAAGAAUACCGUCAUUGUGUCCCCUGGUCGUCUCGAUCGGAGCCCUUGUGGCACUGGAACCUGCGCGAGGAUGGCGGUAUUGCAUGCUCGUGGUCUGCUCGCCGAGCAAGAAUCAUUUUGUCAUAUUGGUAUCACAGGAACUGAGUUCAUGUGUAAGAUUAGGGGAACCACUCAAGUGGGCAAGUAUCCAGCAAUUCUGCCGACAGUGAAAGGCAGUGCGUGGAUUACCGGUUUUCAACAAGUCGUAUUGGAUCCAAGUGAUCCCUUUCCAAUGGGGUUCAGGGUAGGGGACGCAUGGCACACACCCAGCUAGCCAUUUCCUCGUUGGAAAGGCUUAUAGCGGUCGGGUAAUUUAGUCCUUGGUUACGAGUAUAUCAGGUACCACUCUUAUUACGGACUACAUCCAGCGUUGCUAUGGACUAUUAGAAGUCCUCGAGAGUCGUUCGCUCUGCUACUCAGUACUGCACCACGUAAUGAAGAGCCAACGCACUUGUUACAAGGCUUUUUCCGCUAACCGAC